CGCGCGGAUAAAUUGCGCCCGAAGCUUUUGCUCGGGCUAUUUCCUGAUGACAACAAUAUCCUCCGAUUUUAGCGUCGCGACCGCACUUCAUCGAUGUCCAGUUCCGCGGAAUACACGUUUUUGUCGAGGUUGCAGAGUAGUCCAUUUACCCUCAUAUUCGUGGAAAGUUCGCUCGGCAACAGGCGACCAGCUGCAGUAUCAAGGUUCGUCAAUAAUUCCUAUCGUCUCGUUGAGUGCUGCUGAUUUUAGUCAGGUGAUCUUCCCUGAACACCCUGGUAUAUAUGCUGUCUAUAACACCACCAUGGAGAUUCAGUAUAUUGGCAUUUCACGGAAGAUAUCUUCGAGCGUGAAGCUACAUAAAUAUGAAAUGCCUCGUUACUGCGGGUUUCUGCGGUUUGCAGCUAUCCCUCGUGCAACGAAGGCUGACUUGCAACUGUUGUGGAAACAAUGGAUGCAAGAACACCUUGCAGUUAGUGGAGGUCUUCUUCCGCCAGGCAAUGUUAGAGGGAACUCGCAGUGGUCUCGAAGAAAACACCUUCCGCCAAAGAUUAAUAUAUUGCUUACGAACGGUGUCAACAGCCAGGUCAACGACAGCACGGUUUUCCAGUUAUGCAGAGAAAUAGUUGAGUCUUAUAACAUUGUUGCGUUCAUUAAGGGGACAAGAAAGGAACCAGAAUGUGGCUUUUCAUACCGAGUGUGUGCAAUACUAGAAGAAUUAUCUGUUGACUUCGAAACUGUUGAUACACUUGAUGAGCGCCACAACCACAACCUCCGCAACGUCUUGAAGGACUUUAGUGACUGGCCAACCAUACCUCAAGUUUACUACCGAGGAAGUCUUCUAGGGGGGCAUGAUAUUAUUGAAGAUUUGUACAAGUCAGGGCAGCUGAAACAUAUACUUGUCCCUGGCUCGACAGCUGAAGCUGCUUAGUAUAAGAAGGGUAUUUUGCGGUGUCCCUAAAAAGAAUACCGGCAGCCCUACAGUACUUUAGAGCUAUAGUAUUGUAGCACUAUCAUUAUUUAAAC